AUGACACACGACAGCCUACAAGCCGACGUCCUACGCGGCGCACACGGCGCCCUCCUGCACUUACAGAGCACCCCUGCGGACACCUCGAGCCCCACGACCGACCGGCGCCGUGCGGCUCGGUUUCGGAGGGCGCUUCGCUGUACCGCUGACAGCGUGGUGCGCCUCGACAUCGCUAGUUGGACGCAGCAAGACGUGCGGAGCGGCGCCGGUCGAGUUCGUGCGAGCCGAGCACUGCAACGGCUCGAGCAACUCGGCUACAUCGAGAAGCUACCGGUCUACGAGGGCGGGCGAACGAAUGAGAAGAUGUUCACACGGAUCCCCGACCUGCUGGAAUUGUCGCGCGGCGUCGCGCUGCCGACCUACCCCGGCAUCAGCAAGACGACCGCAAGCGCGGUCGACAAGCACAACGAACAAGCCAACGCGCUGACGGAGGCAAUCGCCACGGUUGACGACUACGUCAAGCGCGCCGUCGACACCGCCGCCGACGUUAGCGUCGACACCAGCGGUUUCGAGCUGGGGGACGCUAUCGACCUACGGCGUGGCGAGCGGCUGCGGCUGCACCAGGAGGUUUGUCGGCUGUGGCUUCAGCGCGGUCAACUCGCGCAGGCGAUGGCGGACGACCUGGCGCCGCACCUCGAGACGGCUGCGGCGACCUACACCGAUGCGCUACACGCGACGCUCGAGGGGCUCGACCGCCUGGGGCUCGGUCCCGCGUCGAUGAUGGCGGGCAGCAACAACGCGCAGGCUGCCCAGCGGCAACAAGAGGCGAUUGCGAAACUAGCGGCGCCCGUUCGCACGGCUGCUGCUGCCGAGCAUGACGCCAGAGUGCGCUACAACGCGGCUGUCGAGGCGUCGACUACAAGCAAGCGGCGUCUCGAGGAAUCGCGGGUGGCGGUUCGUCGAAUCGCAGAGCGGGCAAAGCCUAAGAAGACGGACCCGCCCAAGCGCGAGACGCCGAAGUACAUCCUCCCCUAUGGCUUGGACAAGACUUCCGCCACCGAAGCCGGCACGACCAAUCGGAUUAUCGACGGCGCCAUCACCAAGGUCGUCGGCGGCAACAAUGCGAGCGGCGAGGCGGCGCCGUUGGCGAGGCUCAGCAAGCCAUCGACGCGAUUCUCGGCGCUGCGUGGUUUGACGUUCAACGAGAUUUGCGACGCGUACAUCGCACACUUCCCCGCGAG